GUCGUAUAAAAAGACCAGCACAUGCACACCAUUCCCAGAUUAGAUCACUCACUGAACGGUAUUUCUUCUCUGCACUGCCUGCUGAGUUUCCACGUGCCCGUCUUCUACCAAGACCACUCCUUCUCCCGUGGAAGGCCAGUAAUACUGGUCACCUUCGUUACAAGCCCUUUGGUCUCAUAACCAACUCGUGCUGAGAAACUGAGAAAAAAGUAUGACUUCGACCGUAUCGACUUUCAUUGAAGACAACGUGGUUAAAACACGUGUGAUUGGCGCCACCAUUCCAGACGUCGACUUUGCAACCUUCUUCAGCGAUGUCUGGCAGAAACACGCAGAUCAGAAGGCGCUGGUAGACGUCAGGCUGGGGAUGCAGUACACUUUCGGCGAACUGUUGGAUGCCAGCCGCCGUGUAGCUACUGGCCUUCAAAAGUUUCGGCUACGACAGGGAGACGUUGUCGCAAUCCAUUGCGUUAACAGCUGCGAGCUAAUAGUCGCCUUAUGCGGCACAUUCUUUGCUGGUGGCGUUGCCAGUUUCAUCAAGCCAAGUCUCAAUGAAGGAGAAACUCGCAGCGAGUUAAUGCAAUGCCAACCAAAAUUUGUUGUCACUGACAUCGAAACCAUGAAGAAAGUGAAAGAUGCUUGUGAAUUCCUUUCAUCAGUGGAGAUGUUCUUUGUUACAAGUGGCACCUACGAAGGCGCCCUGAGUCUAUCAGAAUUAAAGCAGACUCCUCUGGUGGAGCAGGAAACCACCUUGAACCUUAGCGGAAGCUCGGUGUUGGCAAUCAUCUUCUCCAGUGGUUCGACGGGUUUGCCAAAAGGUGUUCUUUUGACUCACCGGAACUUCAUAAGCCAAGUGGUAGCUCAAAGUUAUAUGAACGACCCACCAGUGUUUGAAAAAGGCGAAACAUUCCUCCUAAUACCACCUAUAAUGCAUGUUAGUGGAUUCUGGCUGACUUUCUGCUACCUAGGGCUUGGCUGCGAAGUGGUUUUAGUUCCCACAUGGGACUUUGAGGUCAUCUUGCCAGCCAUAGAAAAAUACAAGCCUACAACACUUGGGUUGCUUCCUACGUUCUUCCUGAAGUUGGAUCAGCAUCCACUACUGGGUCAGGUGGACACGAGCAGUGUCAAAAAAGUAAUGCUUGGCGGCAGUACAUUGAAUUCAUCUGUGCUACAAAGCGUCGCCAGGAAGCUCGGCUUGGGCGGAGUCAUACAAUUGUUUGGAAUGACAGAGUUGGCAGGCAGCGCAACAGCGUCUUCGCCUCGAGGAGAUGACUUCAAAAGCGUCGGAAAGCCCAUGCCAUUCAUGGAAAUUAAAGUGGUGGAUAUAACAACCAGAGAGCCCCUGGGCCCUGGAGAGAAAGGGGAAAUCUGCAUAAAAGGCCCUUGCACAUUUCUGGGCUACCUGAACAAACCGAAAGAAACUGCUGACGCCUACGAAGAUGGCUUCCUCCGCACUGGUGAUACAGGCUACUACUCAACCGACGGCCGGCUCUUCGUGUGGAGCCGCUUCAAGGAGCUGAUCAAGUGUAUGGACCAGCAGGUACCACCGGCUGAGAUCGAAGAGCUGCUGGCCAGGGAUCCUAAAGUGAAGCAGGUGGUUGUAGCAGGAGUUCCUCACCCACAGUACGGAGAAGCUGCCAGGGCAUUUGUCGUUCCGCGGCAACGCCUGGUGGGCCCCGUUGAAGAACAGCUGGAAGCUGACAGGCUCAAAACGCUCGUCGCUGCCGAGCUCUCGUACCACAAGCAGCUUCAUGGGGGCGUAGAGUUCCUGGAUGGUAUCCCUCAUACCGAGAGUGGAAAAGACCGGCGACAUGAUUUGAGGAAGUCUUAUAUGCAGAGAUGUGGGCAAGAAGACAAAGAACGAGCAUGAGUGCCAAGUCCGGCUGUCAAUCGCACGACGUUGUAGAAUACGCGACAUUAAGUCAGCUUUCCUAACAAAUAGCUGGUCAGGCUUUAAUACUACGUUGAUUAAUACAGAAUUAGCGUCCUGAAACAUUGAUAUCAGAACGAAAAGCUUUGCAAAAAUAAAGGUGGUAUUUUUAGUGAUCUUUAGGGUUUAAUACGUUAAUUUUAGGUGUUUGUGGAUCUCAAUAAAAUUUUCUGGGCUA